GCCAUUGUUCUGAAGAGUGACUGAUACAAAAGACAAGCAAACUCAAUACAACUCCACAAAGAUCAAGUGGAAAACCAUUUGCCCAAGUUGCUCUCUUUCCCCAGUUUGAAGUAUUCGCAUCACAAGAAUUAAAUAAUGGAACUGUCUUUCCCUCAGCUCCAAUGGGCCUCUUCCUUUCUUGUGAGUUUUGACUAAAUAGGUGGUUGUGUAACCCAAACUCUAAGCUCUGCCUCUGGUUCCUCUUCCUUGUCCCCCUCCACCCCCCCUACUUUAACUCUGAGGUGAGUGUGGAUUCCUUGAGACACACUGAAACCACCUGAGUUUUCACUUUUUUCAUGAGAUGAGCUUCGUGGGCAUUCCUUAUAUGUCCAAGAUGUUGCUUUAGUGAGACAGAUUUGUGCUUUUGGUUUGCCCAAUUUUCUGUCUGUUGCUUUUGGGUUUCAAGUAGCACAGCUCAUAAUUUUGAUAAUUUAUUGCGUUUGGUUCUGUUUGUCUAAACUUCCAGUUGGUAUUUCUCCUUCUUUAUGCUUUCUGAAUGAUGGGGUGGUGCUGUUUUGCUCCUAGUUGAAAAUGCUACUGCUUGAGUUUUAAGUUUCUUGUAGUUCACUUUGACAUAGAAAGUGAUGACUUUGAAGUUGAAUUUGGUGGUUCCAUUCAUUCAUUUUCUUUGAAUAUAAGAAACUUGGGGAGGUGCUCAGAAUAUUAUCACAAUGAAUCUAGUUUGGGUCGUUUCAAUACUCAUUAUCUGCAUACCAGGCUCCACAGAAGGAGCCUCAAGACCUGCCGCCGUGAACGUUGGAGCUAUGUGCACAGUAGGCACCAUCAAUGGAAGAGUCUCAAAGAUUGCCAUUGAGGCUGCUGUAAACGAUGUGAACUCUGAUCCAACCAUUCUUGGUGGAACUAAAUUAUCUAUAACUUUUCAUGAUUCAAACUUCAGUGGAUUUCUUGGCAUCAUUGGAGCAUUGAAGUUCAUGGAGUCUGAUACAGUAGCUAUAAUUGGUCCACAAACUGCUGUGAUGGCUCAUGUACUCUCACAUCUUGCAAAUGAACUUCAUGUCCCUCUAUUGUCAUUCACAGCGCUGGACCCCACCUUAUCAAGUCUGCAGUAUCCUUACUUUGUUCAAACUGCACCCAAUGAUCUGUUCCAGAUGGCUGCUAUUGCAGACAUGGUUAGUUAUUUCGGUUGGACAGAGGUGGCUGCAAUUUUCACUGAUGAUGACAGCGGUCGAAAUGGUGUUGCUGCAUUAGGUGAUAAACUUGCAGAAAAACGCCACAAGAUUUGUUACAAGGCAGCACUGCCACCUGAACCAAAAGCAACUAGAGAUGAUGUUAAAAAUCAGUUGGUAAUGAUUCGAAUGAUGGAGUCUCGAGUGAUUGUUCUACACACAUUCGCCAAAUCAGGUCUCGUAGUUUUUGAUGUCGCCCAGGAACUUGGGAUGAUGGAGAGUGGAUAUGUAUGGAUAGCUACUGCUUGGCUAUCCACUGUUUUAGAUUCAACUUCACCGCUUUCUUCAAAGACUGCCAACUCUAUCCAAGGUGCUCUCACUCUUAGACCACACACACCAGACUCAGAAAGAAAAAGGGCUUUUAUAUCAAGGUGGAACAAGUUGAGUAAUGGCUCUAUUGGGUUGAACCCUUAUGGUCUAUAUGCCUAUGACACUGUCUGGAUGCUUGCUCAUGCUAUAAAUUUGCUUUUGGAUCAAGGGGGCACCAUUUCCUUUUCCAACAUCACUAGUCUAGGUGGUCCUAAGGGAGGAGGGACUGUGAACCUCGGUGCAUUGAGCAUUUUUCAUGGUGGGAAGCAGUUGCUGGACAACAUAUUGCAAACCAAUACCACCGGCCUGACUGGUCCUUUAGCAUUUCAUCCAGAUAGAUCUCCAUUGAAUCCUGCAUAUGAUCUCAUUAACAUAAUUGAAAAUGGAUAUCAAAGAAUUGGAUACUGGUCUAACUAUUCCGGGAUAUCUGUUGUGCCCCCUGAGACAUCAUCAAACCGGUCUACUUUGAACCAACACUUACACACUGUUGUAUGGCCUGGAGGGACAACAGUCAAGCCUCGUGGGUGGGUUUUUCCAAACAAUGGAAAGCAAUUAAGAAUUGGAGUACCAAAUCGAGUUAGCUAUCGAGACUUUGUAUCACAAAGAAAUGGUACUGAUAUAGUUGAAGGAUACUGCAUUGAUAUAUUCCUUGCAGCUAUAAAGUUGCUUCCAUAUGCAGUUCCAUAUGAGUUUGUUCUGUUUGGUGAUGGUCUCAAGAACCCGAGCUACUACGAUUUUGUAAAAAUGAUUGCAUCAGGAAAGUUUGAUGCUGCUGUAGGUGACAUUGCCAUUGUCACCAACCGGACAAAGAUUGCGGAUUUCACUCAGCCCUAUAUAGAGUCAGGGCUAGUUGUGGUGGCUCCAGUUAGGAGGUUAAAUUCGAGAGCUUGGGCGUUCUUAAAGCCAUUUAGUCCACUGAUGUGGGGUGUCACAGCAGCUUUCUUCCUGAUCAUUGGAUUAGUCAUGUGGAUUCUGGAACAUAGAAUAAAUGAUGAGUUCAGGGGUCCUCCUAGGAAACAGAUUGUCACAAUCUUAUGGUUUAGCUUCUCUACCAUGUUUUUUGCUCAUAGAGAAAAUACGGUGAGCACGCUAGGUCGGAUGGUGCUGAUCAUCUGGCUUUUUAUAGUUCUAAUAAUCAACUCAAGUUAUACAGCUAGCCUGACAUCAAUGCUCACAGUACAACAACUAGAAUCCCCCAUUACUGGAAUCGAUACCUUGGUAACGAGCACCGAACCUAUAGGAUACCAAAUAGGGUCUUUUGCUCAAAACUAUUUGGUUGAGGAGCUCAACAUCCCAAGAUCUAGGCUAGUUCCUCUUGGCUCACCAGAAGCAUAUGCAGACGCCCUUAAGAAAAGAACUGUUGCUGCUGUGGUUGAUGAAAAAGCAUAUAUAGAACUCUUCCUCUCAGAAAACUGCAUGUUCUCAAUUAGGGGGCAGGAGUUCACCAAAAGCGGGUGGGGAUUUGCAUUUCCAAGAGACUCUCCUCUAGCCAUUGACAUGUCAACCGCCAUUCUCACCCUAUCGGAGAACGGCGAUCUUCAGAAAAUUCAUGACAAAUGGUUGUCAAGAAAAUCCUGUGCACAGACCUCUGACCUCAUAUCAGACCAGCUUCAACCACAAAGCUUCUGGGGACUUUACCUUAUCUGUGGCAUUGCAUGCCUUAUUGCUCUCUUCAUUCACUUUCUGUUGGCACUACGCCAGUUCAGCCGGCAUUCCCCCGAAGCCGAAGAUCAAACUGAGCCUUCCAGCCAUAGCAGGAGAACCUCCCGCUCUGCGCGCCUCCACACGUUCCUGUCCUUCAUCGACGAAAAAGCAGACGAAUCGAAGAACAAUAACAAGACAAAAAGAAAACGCAAGGAGAUGAUGGUAUCAAAUGGGAAGGAGAAUUGUGAAAAUGACUCGAGGAAUAUAUCCAAGAGAAUACAAAUCAACAACUCUCAAGAGAUACACAACAAUGCUGACAAUGACACUUGGCUAACUCGUUAAACAUCAUCAAGCCACCUUUCUAAUGAUAAUAAGUUAAUUAAAAGUCAAUUAAUCAUACCAUAUCAUGUUCUGUCACUCUUUUGUGUUAAUUAUUAAUAGAAAACGGUUGGAUUAUCAAAUAUGCUUGUCAAAUCUGUUCACCAUUUCCAAAAAUUGCAAGGAGUAUGUAUUCCAAAUAAUUAAGACGUAAAAAGCAUUUAUCAUGCAACCGAGGUUUAAAUUUUAUUCCUCUUUCUUGAAUACCGUUUGUAUAAAUAAAUAAAAAUUUAGCAGAACCAUCAUUUGAGAAAGCACCAGCCCAUUCCAAGAGCAGGAGGAAAAAAAAAAAAAAAA